GCAGUGUGUCUGGACUUGGCCCAAGCGGUUUGGGCCAAACCCCUGCCCCACUGACUUCUCUCCUGGAGGAGCAGAGCAAAGCAGUACGUGGGGUCACCUAAGGAGGGCUGAGAGGCGGGCUCUAGACUUUGGACACAGGGCAGUGGAGCCCCAGCUGUGGGUGCAGCCAGAGCCUGGGACAGUCAUGGAGAAAUAAGACCAAAGCUUGCUAUAACCAAGAAGCCCCCAACGUGGACGCUUUAGCAGACAUCUAAAAAUCUCAAAGACAGAACAUGGCUGAAUCAGAUAGGAAGAGGCGGUCUACCCGCAACUCCAAGAUGGUCUCAUCACCUGUGGUAACAAAGAUGCAAGCAAUAAUGCAAAAGGAGAUGGUGCGAGAGUUCCUGGCGGAGUUCAUGAGCACAUAUGUCAUGAUGGUGUUUGGCCUUGGCUCCGUGGCCCAUAUGGUUCUAGGAGAGAAAUUUGGGAGCUACCUCAGUGUCAACUUGGGUUUUGGCUUCGGAGUCACCAUGGGAGUGCACAUGGCAGGGAACAUCUCUGGGGCCCACAUGAAUGCGGCCUUAACCUUCACCAACUGUGCGCUAGGCCGCAUGUCCUGGAAGAAGUUUCCUGUAUACAUCCUGGGUCAGUUUCUGGGUUCCUUCCUGGCUUCUGCCACCAUCUACUGCCUCUUCUACUCAGCCAUUAUCCAAUUUUCGGGUGGACAUCUGACAGUGACUGGUCCCACAGCUACCGCUAGCAUUUUUGCUACCUAUCUUCCUGAGCACAUGACAUUGUGGAGGGGCUUCCUGGAUGAGGUAAUAGUGACAGGGAUACUCCAGCUAUGUCUCUUCGCCAUCACGGACAAGGAGAACAAUCCAGCACUGCAAGGGACACAGGCCCUGGUGAUUGGCAUCCUCAUUGUUGUCAUUGGAUUAUCCCUGGGCAUGAACACAGGAUAUGCCAUGAACCCAUCCCGAGACCUGCCUCCCCGCUUCUUCACUUUCAUUGCUGGCUGGGGUAUACAGGUUUUCAGGGCCAGGGACUGGUGGUGGGUGCCAGUUGUGGCACCACUCCUGGGUGCCUACUUAGGUGCCAUCAUCUACUUGGUCUUCAUUGGCUCCAGCAUCCCACGGAGGCCCCAGAUACUGGAGAACUCCAUGAAAUAUGAAGACCGCAGAAUACCCGUGUUGCCCAAGACCAUGUCAAACCCACCUACGACCCUCACCCCUGUCUCUGUGUCUCCUGCCAACAGACCUUCAGUCCGGACUGUCCCACCCUUAAGUGACUCCAUCCACCUGGAGCACUUCUAAGUAAGGUGACUUGUGACCCUAUCCCCACCCCAAUAAAGAAAGCCUUGUCCCACAGCGGCACCCCCGUGUCCUGGGUGCCUCCUGUGGUUGGGCUUCCCUCCUGGAUUCUUCCAGGAACUCCAGGGUUGUGCUGCAGCCCAAGACUGCAGUAUAGAGCUGGGAGGCCUCUAAUUCCUUCCAGGGUUAGGAGCUGGGGCACCCACCCUGGGGGAGGACGGAGGAAGCGCCAAACUAUGGCCCCAGUAGGAACAGGAGGAGAUUAAAGGAUGCCAGACACCGAAUGGUGGACUUUCAGGCAUAGGGUAGGGAAGGGAUGGUUUUGGGGAAAGGACAAUAGCUCUGGGGAUACCUUGAUAUGCCCUGGGAAGGACUCUAGACUCUCCCUCAGUUCUGGCUAGUUCUUGGACCAGACAAAGCAAGGUCCAAGCAUGUAGAUCAGAGUUUCUCAACCAUUUCUUUCCAUUAUUGCUCCCCUCAAAAGCCUUUUAGACAUUUUCUUUCUUAAUCACAUGAUAUUUUAAUACCACAGAUAUACUAUAUAUUGGUUUAUAUAUAUAUCUGUGCUUUAUACGAAAAAAGAGUAAGAUUUUUUUUCGUCUUCCCCUUCCAAGAAUCAGUGUUCUUGCCCUUGGAGGCAAAAUCAGCCCCUACCUUGAAAACGCCUAAUGUAGAUUGAAAGCAGGUAAGGGAUUGGAUUCCUCUUUUUUUCUCCUGGUGCCAGAACUCUCCUACAUGAAGGAAUUCCAGAGUCAGAAGGAAGAUGCAGAGAAGAAAGUUCUUACAAAAGGCGCAGAGACAGGAAAUGGCCUUGUGGGAUGGGAUUCAGGGGGACAGACGGAGAAGCUGGGUGGAGGUGGGGCAUCCCCACCCACUCUGGGAUCAAGCAGGAAUCACCCUGCUUUCUGGGGCCCAGAAGCAGCAUCACCCAUGGUUCCUGUCAUUGUUUGUCCAUUCAGCCUUUCAACAAUUAUUGAGCACCUCCUGUGUGCAGGCCCUGCCUUGGCACUGGAAAUGCUGACGUGGAUGAGGCUGGGUCUCUGCCUUUGAGGAGUGUAGGGUAAUGAAGAUGAUUUAUCAUGAGGAAGGAGAUAAGCAUCAGAGAAGGGACUGCAGAGCUCAGAGGGGGCUCACAGCCCAGUCUCAGGGUGGGGGCCAGGGAUGGCUUCCUAGAGGAGGAGGCAGAGCAGAGUUGGGGACAUGAGUUGUCCCUUCUGGGAUUGGUUGCUGCGCUUUGUAGUUUGAGGAGAUGGAGGCAAGGAGGCUGGGCUUUAUUCUGGAGAUGGGGACGUGGUGAGAUGAGGCUUAGCAAGCCUGCCUGAGCUGCAGGGUGCAAGCUGCUGGGAAAGGGGGAGAUCGGAGCCUGCAAGGGAGUGUGGUGAGAGGCAAUAAUCCAGGAGGAGCAGCAGAUGGGAGAAAGGGGAUUUGAGAAAUACUGAGGUAGAGGCCAUAAGACCUUGGGCUAGCACUGGGAGAAGGAGUGGGUAAGGACGCAGCAGGAGUCAGGGCUGACUUCAGUUUCUGGCUUGGGCCUGGGGCAUUGGAGAUGUGCCCCCUGUGAGUGCGCUUGGGAGACAGACUGGUUUGGAGAGGAAGAUAAGUUACAUUGUGACAUGUUGAAUUUGAGUUGCCUAUGAGACCUGGAGGUAAGAAUUGUGUAUCUUGAGCAAGUUACUCAACCUCUCUGGGCCUCUGUUUUCUCCUUUGUAAAAUGGGUCUAAUAUAACUUACCAUUUGCGUUGCUGUGAAUAUUCAAUGAAAUAAAACAUGUACAUUGUUGAGGAUA